AAAAUCCGCUCCCCGCGGCCGCCCCGGCCCCUCCAACCUGCGGCAUGGAGGCGAGGGACUGCCCGGCCUUCCCCCCGGGCCGCCGGGCCGAGCCCCCCCCGGGGCCACCGCGGACCCCCGGCCCCUUCGUGGCCGGGCUGCCGGGACCCCCCCGGCACCCGCCGCCGCUCAGCCCCCACUGCCCGCCGGACAAGGCAGAGCCCCGGUACCUGGGGGCCUCCGGCCCGGGCCCCCUCGCCGUGGCCGUCAGUGGGAAGCCCUUCUACCCGGCCGGGGCUGCAGGUGGUGAGAAGGGAUGCAAAGGUGAGUACCAGGCGGUGCCCGCAUCCUGCCGGGCCCCCAGCAAAGCCCCGGGACAGCUGGGCUGCGUGCAGGCAGCACCCCUGGGCAGCCUGCGGGAGCACCCGGCUCCCCCGCUGCCCGAGUCCCUGCCGCUGGGCAGGAGCAAGAGCAAGAAGCGGAGGAACAGGACGACCUUCAGCACCUUCCAGCUGGAGGAGCUGGAGAAGGUUUUCCAGAAGACGCACUACCCCGACGUCUACGCCCGCGAGCAGCUGGCGCUGCGGACGGACCUGACCGAGGCCAGGGUGCAGGUCUGGUUCCAGAACCGACGGGCCAAGUGGCGGAAACGGGAACGCUACGGGAAAAUCCAGGAGCUGCAGAGCAACCUGUGGCCGAGCCCAGGCCCCGGGAGCCCGGCGGGGCCCUGCCUCGUGGCCCCCGAGAGCAUCCCGUCCCCGUGCGUGUCUCCGUACCCCCACGCUCACAGCAACGUGGCCGGCUUCGUGGGCAUCCCCGCCUCCCCCGGGCACCCCCCCGGCAUCAGCAGCCUCUACUCCCUGCACGGCCUCCCCCCGGCCCUCGGCGGCCGCCCCUUCGAGCCCCCUCCGGAGAACGAGUACAAAGCGCCCGCGCUGCUGGCGCUGCGGAUGAAGGGCAAGGAGCCGGGCAGCCUGCUGGGCUGGACCACGUAACCCCCCCGCGCGGGACACGGAGCCCUCGCCCGAGCCCCCCGGGGCACGUCCUCCCCCCCGCCUCCUCCCUCCCGAGGCGCUCGGCACCGCGGCAGCGGGGUCACCCCGUCCCCCACGCGCCCCGAUCGCUGCCAGCUUCCCGCGGCCCAGCCCUCUCCGUCGUGCUACGGGGGGCAGCGAAAGGGUCCCCCCCAGCCACAGCCCCCCCCGCACCUCUCUGCCCCCCCGCAGACGCAGAGGAGCAGCAGGUGGCUGGCGGGGACCCAGCUGUCGCUGCCUCUGCCAUCGGGGCUGCUGCUGGGACCCCAGAAGUCAGCUCCGGAAAACCCUGGGACCCCCCCAAGCACCUUCGGCCCAGGGCGAACAGGAUUUGAUGGCAGGGGCUGCUGUGCCCCUGCCGGUACCGGCCCGGGCGCCCCAGCUGCAGCUGCCUUGGGAAGAAAUGGGGGGGAAGAAAUGGUCAUUUGGGGGGGGGUUCCCAUUUUUGGAGUGGUCUCAGGCAUCGGGGGGAGGGGAAGGGACACGACUGAAUUCCCCCAUGCACUUGCUCUGUGACAGGGGGGUCCCAGGGCAAACUGCAAAGCACCCCCAAACACCUCGAGGCAGUGCAUCCGAGCUUACUUUCCAGACAGUAAACGCCCCCCCCCCACGGCCAAAUUGCCCGAAUCAAGCCAAGAACAGGUCUCUUCUUGCUCCUGCUGACCCCAUCUUUAGAAGAUGCUGUUACACCCCCUUGUGCCAAAAAAAAAAAAUAAAAUAUCCCAAACAGCCCUCCCCCUUUGCUGCCAGUUCCGCCGCAUGCCAGUGCUGGGGAAGGAAAGGGGAGACGCUCAGAAGGGGCCCAGCCUCACUGACCCAACUUGGGGCAAAAAACCCCCAAGGUUUCCAUGCAAAACCCUCCAAAACUCUCAGUCCCCCAGGAGCACCAUGGCCACAGCAGGUGGACAACCCCCAGGGGCCCCACGCUGCACCCCCCCUCCCUGCAGCCCCUGCCAUCUGCAGGGAUUUUGUUACUCAUUUAUAAACAAUAAAACACACUUUUAAUAAGUUAUUUAUGGCUGGGGCCGUGCUGUAAAAGCCAUGGUCUGUGAUCACCCGCACAGCUGGGGAACAUUUCGGAGAGGCGUGAUGGAGACGCAGCUCGCUCACACCUCGGCCGCCGGCUCCUGCCCCGCGAGCGGAGGCACAAGGUGGGUGCUGGGGGGUGCCCGCGCCCCGGCAGGAGGGAGGCAGCCCUCAGCGGUUCGGCUUUGCAGACAAACACAUCACAUCACCUCCCCGUCCACGCUGCUCAGCGGGGGACCAGGCCAGGGUGCAGCACUGGGGGUGGUUUGUGCCACGGGACACCCAGCAGGAGCACCACGGGUUCAGCCUCUGCCCCUGUCCUUGCCUCUCGCUGAAAUCAGGGGUGAAUCUUUUGGGAUUCACCGACCCAAGCUGCCCGCAGCUGCUGCUACCCCUCAGUCAGGGAAACUGAGGCACAGCAAGGCACAACAGGGAGCUCUGCUGCAGCCAGGCUCCAGGGAUGGUUUUGGUCUCCAGCUCCUCCACUGAAUCACGGAAUCGUUAGGGUCGGAAGAGACCUCCAGGAUCACCUGGUCCAACCACCCCCUGCCACCAGCACCCCCUGAACCCUGUCCCCAAGCACCGGGCCCGACCUCUCCUCGAGCACCCCCAGGGAUGGGGACUCCACCACCUCCCCGGGCAACCCGUCCCAACGCCUGACCGCUCUUUCUGAGCAGAAAUGUCUCCUCAUUUCCCACCCGAACCUCCCCCGGCCCAACUCGAGGCCGUUCCCUCUGGCCCUAUCACAGUUACCUGCGAGAAGAGGCCGACCCCCAGCUCCCCACACCUUCCUCUCAGGUGGCUGCAGAGAGCAGCGAGCUCUGCCCCGAGCCUCCUCUCCCCCAGACCAACCCCCCCAGUUCCCUCAGCCGCUCCUCACAGGACUUGUGUCCCAGGCCCUUCCCCAGCCUCGCAGCCCUGCUCUGGACACGCUCCAGGGCCUCGAUGUCCUUCUGGUAGCGAGGGGCCCAAAGCUGAACCCAGCACUCGAGGUGCGGCCUCAGCAGAGCCGAGUACAGGGGGACGAUCACCCCCUAGGCCAACAGAUCUGGUCCACCGUAAGCGUGCCCUGAGGACCGUGUGGGGACAAGGAUGGGAAACACAAGACCACGAACCUGUGCACCAGCUCAGCCCCACCACUGGCUUCGCCCCUUGCUGCUUCCCUGGGGCCAAAGGGAUGAGGACACGGACAGAGUUCAGACACGCUCAGCUCAGAGGUAUCGCGAAUAUAUAUAUAUAUGUACAGCUCAUCCACCCCACCCAGCGGGGCAAGGGAAGACUGCAGCCUCCACCCCCCCAGCCCCUCGGCCCUGUCACCACCAUGUUCCCAGCGCCCCUGGCCCCCUUGCUGUGUCCCCCAGCAGGGUCUGGUGGGGGGACACAGCUACGGUUUUCCUGCCACAGCAGCCCCGUGUCCCGCAGCAUCACCUCACCUCGAUUUGCCCCACCAACUGCUCUCCCUCCUCGGCCCUGGCUGGCGAGAUGAGGUGGGAGGGCGAUGGCAGUGCCACAUCUGAAAGGCUGGAGCAGGGGCACGGUGUCCUCCCUCUAACAGGAGACACCCAGGGAACCGUGGCCUCUUUACAAAGCCUUCACCCUCAGCACAGGAUUGAGGAUGGCAAAGCCUGGGAGGAGGCAGAGGGGCACGAUGGCAUCCCGGAUCCCUCCCAGCCCUGCCGCAGGGGGCCAGGCACCCACAGACCCUGCUAAAGCCGCACACCUGCGGCUUCACCCCCCAGCCUCGAGCCUGUCCCCAAACACCUCCUGCUUCCCCACUAUCCUCGCUGCGGGGCCAUCACUGCAGCAGCUCCUCCCAGGAGAUGGGCCGGGAGAAGACCUCCCUCUCCAGCCACAGGUCGUAGUUGACCUGGAAAUCCUCAGGCAGCUCCACGCGCUGGCCCAGCACGCUCUGCAGGCAGUUGUCCACGGGCAGGAAG